AGUUUUCGAGAUAUUCGACUGGAUUGUUUAAGAUGAGAUAUCCUGUAUAAUUAAAUUAUUAUUGCUAUUAUAAACAUCUCCUUGAAGAUACAUUACAACAUUCUGUUAAAAUGUCUUUCUCCAUAAAAUGAAUACUCUAAGAGAAAUUAAUAAACACCAUUUCUUAUAUACUAUAUUUGGUGUAUACUAUCUUGCUCAUCGCGGAAAAGAUUAGACCAUCAUAUCCGAUCGUAAUGAGACUGUAUUACUUCUUCGUGCAUGCUGUGUAUAUAUGUGUAUAUUUGUAUGUACACAAGAAAUAGCAACGUCAUGCGCGAGUAUCGUUCUGUUACCACACUCCCGCUAUAAGGUAGAUGUGCGUAUAGGUAACCACAGGAAGAAAAUACUUUCACUACCAAACGACUGGGAGCCUUCAGGAAGGACAAGAACGCUAAGCACAAGUGGGAAUGAUGAGGAAGGACGAAUGACGAUACAGAGAGAAGUGAUGUUCCACUGAAAUCAAAAUGGAAAUAUCAUGGAGAAUAUAAAUAUUGAUGUAUCUUUGGACAUUCACGGGUCUAAAAAGAUCGGCAUGCGGUCGGCUGGUGUUCCAUUAUGACAACCAAUGAGAAAAAUAAAGAGAAAGAGACAACAAGGAUAGAAUAUUACAAAAAAUUAGCGAAGUAAACAUUUUCGCUAAAAUGGUCUUCAGCACAAUAGUAGUGACAUCAGCCUUGAAGGGUGCUAUUAGUUUGAUGGGCACAGGUUUAUGGCUCGUGCCAUUGCUAAUAGCGGGUCUUUCUUAUUAUCAUUAUGAUCAAUUAGAUCCCGAGAGUCGACCUAUCGACAGGUAUCCUCUGUAUUCUAAUUACGAUUUUAUUGUGAUUGGCGGCGGAUCAGCUGGAGCGGUGGUUGCCAGUCGACUCUCAGAGAUACCUGAUUGGAAUGUGUUGUUACUGGAAGCUGGUCCGGACGAAAAUGAAAUCACGGAUGUGCCAUCUCUGGCCGCGUAUCUGCAAUUGACCAAACUAGAUUGGAAGUACAAGACCGAGCCCACAGGCAAGGCUUGUCUAGCUAUGAAAGGUGGCCGUUGCAAUUGGCCGCGUGGUAAGGUCUUGGGCGGUAGUAGCGUUCUUAACUAUAUGCUAUAUGUACGCGGUAACAGACACGAUUACGAUCACUGGGAAUCGCUCGGAAACCCAGGCUGGGGAUAUAAGCAAGUCCUUUACUACUUCAAAAAGUCGGAAGAUAAUCGAAAUCCGUAUCUACAGAAAAGUCCUUAUCAUGCGACCGACGGUUAUUUAACAGUUCAAGAAGCACCAUGGAAGACACCUUUAGUGGUCGCUUUCAUUCAAGCCGGCGUUGAAAUGGGAUACGAAAAUAGGGACAUAAAUGGCGAGCGGCAGACAGGUUUUAUGAUAUCUCAGGGAACUAUUCGUAGAGGAAACAGAUGCUCCACUGCGAAAGCUUUUCUACGACCUGUUCGUUUGCGUAGGAACAUUCAUACGGCUAUAAAUAGCCAUGUGACGAAAAUCGUGAUCGAUUCGUUGACAAUGAAGGCAAUAGGAGUUGAAUUCGUCAGAGACGGUCGCAAACAAAUGGUGAGAGCGCGGAAGGAAGUAAUAUUGUCAGCAGGUGCCAUCAACAGUCCUCAAAUAUUAAUGUUGUCGGGAAUUGGACCAAAGGAGCAUUUACGGCACAUUGGUAUCCCUGUUAUUAAAGAUCUUCGGGUUGGCGACAAUCUUCAAGAUCACGUAGGCAUGGGUGGUUUGACAUUCCUAAUCGAUAAGCCAGUUGCCAUAGUUCAGGAUCGUUUCCAAGCGGCUCCGAUGACGAUGCAUUACGUGAUCAACGGUAGAGGUCCCAUGACGACCUUGGGUGGUGUUGAAGGAUACGCCUUUGUUAAUACAAAAUACGCUAAUUACUCCAUCGACUAUCCAGAUUUACAAUUCCACAUGGCGCCAGCUUCUAUUAAUUCUGAUGCGGGAGUGCAAGUCCGGAAAAUCCUUGGUUUUACAGACGAAGUGUACAAUACUGUCUUUAGGCCGAUUACUAAUAGAGACGCUUGGACCAUUAUACCUGUUUUGUUAAGACCCAAGUCUCGUGGUACCGUACGAUUAAAAAAUUCAAAUCCUUUCCAUAGUCCUAUUAUCAACGCAAAUUAUUUUUCCGAUCCCAUGGACAUUGCCGUCCUCGUGGAAGGUGCGAAAAUUGCCAUUAAGAUCAACGAAGCAAAAGUCUUUAAGCAAUUCGGUUCGAGAAUUCAUCGUGUCAAGUUGCCAGGAUGUAAACACUUCAAAUUCGGCUCUGACGCCUACUGGGAGUGUCACAUUCGACACAUUUCUCAAACGAUCUAUCACCCUGUAGGUACUGCUAAGAUGGGACCACCAACCGAUCCUACCGCCGUAGUGGAUCCAAGAUUGAGAGUUUAUGGUAUCACAGGUCUUCGAGUCAUUGACGCAUCUAUCAUGCCGACAAUAUGCAGCGGCAAUACAAACGCUCCUGUCAUCAUGAUCGGUGAGAAAGGUGCUGAUCUUAUCAAGCAAGAUUGGUUGCGACCAUCGUCAGCAAUUAAUCGUGAAAGUGUAUACUAACAAAAAAUAAACUGUUCAGAAGAAAAUUGACUUGUGAAUUUAACUUAGAAUAUGAUAAUAAUUUGACUUGUUUAUAAAGAUUCUCUUUAAGUAUAAACAUAUUGCACUGAUAUUAUUUUAAAACUAAAGUUAGUAUCAAACUAUGCGCGUAUUCGCG